AUGCCAAAGGUUGAAAAGAAGAAUCCGCUGCUAACGCAGCUCUUUACCACAAUGGAGAAGAAGUACCCACACCGCAAGUCGCAGAUUCAACUUGCAAGCAGACUCACGGAAAAAGGAGUGGAUCUACUUGAUACCGUUUACCCUAUUGGAGAGCGGGUAUACAACAAAAUUGCAAUAGCUUCCAGUACGAUAAAAGAGAAUCAAUUCGCCCGAGUUUUACCAAUUCUUCUUGGAUUUGCACUUUGUUUCUUUGGUGGUUGUUUCACUAUACUCGUUACAUUGCUUGAAGUGUUGUAUCUUACCAGCUGGGACCGCAUAAAAAAAAAUGUUAAUAUACUCUAUGAUAAUUAUCGUGCAGUGCGAGAAGCGAGCGCAAAAGAUGAUACCGUGGAUGCCAACAAUAACGGUAUUCCAGAUGUUCAGGAACUCACGCGGAAUGAACUUUUUUCCCGCAAGCUAAGAGUUUUUUUAAACUCUGUUGACAUUACUGCUGUGAAUGAUGCUAUGAAUGCGUUGGUCCUCGCAUUUCUGGCUAUUACUGCUGCUCUUCAUGAUAAAAUAUCUUGUGCCUUGGCGUUUGGUUGUUCUACCGCCAAUAUUGUCAAAAAGUACUGUGGUUUGAAGAAAUUUCUUGAGGAUAAUCUUCCUCCAGAACAAAAAAAGUUGGCUGAACCCAUUUCAAAUACUAUCUUAAACGGUUUCUGUAUGAUUCUUACAGUUAUAUUUGAAAAGUACGCUAUUACAGCGUAUUGUGCCGCUCGAGGUGCACAACUAAUUAUUGAAAAUGCUUCUGCCCUCCAAAAGGAAUUAGCCUCCGCCGAUGGGAAAGAGAAGAAUAUUGGUAUUUCACUUGACACUCCUAAAGGCAAGGCAAUUAUCAUUUUGUUAACGGUGAUGGGAUUCGUUUGGCAAGCAUAUAAUGGAUUUACACUGCCUUUUCCAAUUAACAUAUUGCUCUUUCCCAUCACCUUGGUCGAUGGACUUCUUGGCGUCAUAUUCCGGGUAUCUGUCGUUCUCUUAAAGUAA